UUCCCCCCUCACACAGGGACGUAAACGAUACGGUCGCACCAGGCAGGUAGCGUCGCAAAUUAAACCGUAUCUUCUGCCCCAGAGCGUCGUUUUGUUCAAUAAAAACUUAAAGCCCGCCAUUAAAAAGUAGCGGGAACCAGUCGUUGUCGCGAAAAUGAGCAAUAUAUACAUCCAAGAACCACCCACGAAUGGAAAGGUCUUGUUGAAGACCUCCGCGGGUGACAUUGACAUCGAGCUGUGGUCCAAAGAGGCUCCGAAAGCAUGUAGGAACUUUGUACAGCUGUGCAUGGAAGGUUACUACGAUGGGACAAUAUUCCACAGGGUGGUGCCUGAAUUUAUCAUACAGGGUGGAGAUCCAACUGGGACCGGAACAGGAGGAGAGUCCAUCUACGGCAGGACGUUCAAGGAUGAGUUUCACACCAGACUGCGCUUCAAUCGAAGAGGUUUGGUAGCCAUGGCCAACGCUGGGACACACGACAAUGGGAGCCAGUUCUUCUUCACGUUGGGACGUGCCGAUGAGCUCAACAACAAACACACCAUUUUUGCCAAGGUGACUGGAGACACGAUAUACAACAUGCUCAGGUUAGCGGACGUGGAAUGUGACGGCAACGAAAGACCUUUGAAUCCCCACAAAAUAAGAACGGCUGAGGUGCUGCACUGCCCUUUUGACGACAUUGAGCCACGUGAAACAAAGAAAGCAAAGAAGGAAAAAGAAAAAGAUGAAGGAAAGAAAUCACAGUCAAAAGCCACAAAGAACUUCAGUCUGCUGUCAUUCGGCGAGGAGGCCGAAGAAGACGAGGAGGUGGUCAAUCAAGUUAGUCAGAGCCUGAAAGGAAAGAGCAAAAGCAGCCACGACCUCCUGAAGGAUGAUCCCAGGCUGAGCUCCGUUCCAGCUGUUGAUAAAGGAGAGAAGACAUCUGGAGAUGAAGCAGGGGAGGACGACAAGAGCGAGAAAAUGAGCGAGCUGGUCAGGGCCAAGCUGAAGAAGGAGAAGAGUGCCGGGAAAGCCGCCAGCGAGCCCCAAGACGAGGAGGAGCGGGGCAAGAAGAGCAGCCGCAGCCAAGAGUUGCGCAAGGAAGUUCGCCAGUUGAAGAAGGAGCUGAAGGCGUUGAAGCAAAGAGAAGAUGGCCCUAAGCCCGCCACGGAUGAAGUCAAGGAGGAGACCAAAAAGCCGACCAGCGAGGCUGUCGCCGAGUAUCUAGAGGAGAGGAAGAAGUACGAGGAGCGGAGGAAAGACAAGCGCAAGAGAGGCUCGGGCAGAGAGGAGCAGACGAUGGAGCUGCUCAAUCGUUUCAAGUCCAAGCUGUCGACGGCCAUCAGCGAAGCCCCGGAGGAGGAGGAGGAGGAGGAAGAGCUGGCCGAGGACGACGACAAAGGAUGGCUCGGCCACGUGCUGCAGUUUGACGAGCAGUCCCGCAAGGUCAAAGACGCUAACAUGCAGGACGAGGACACCUUUGAGAUCUAUGACCCGCGGAACCCCGUCAACAAGCGGCGGCGGGAGGAGAGCAAAAAGAUCAUGAAGGAGAAGAAAGCUAAGAGAUCUUUGCUGGUGAUCUCCAAGGCGCAGAUCCCUUGAAACCAAAGUGCAACAUCGGCGGGCGGCACGCCGGAGGGUCCGCCGAAUGGCAAAGGCAGCCGCGGCGCGCAAAGAUAAAGAGACGGUGACGACGGCGACAUGACACUUCACCCAUCGCGUUGAAGCCCAAAGUGUAAGGUAAGCGGCGUGAACUUCACAGUUUAGCUAACCGGGAACUGGUCAAACAUGAACUGAGCUGCAUAUCAGAUGUGCCUUUAAUUGGGACAAAAUGGAGAUCAGUUUAGUUUAUAAGGUUAGUGCCUGGUAUGUGACGAUCUGUUUUGAUGACGCGGGGCUGUUUGAUGACUUGCUUAACCUAAGCCAUGACUUGACUCUUCCUUGAAAUUUGCCACGGUAACUUUAGGACUUGAAGGGAAAGAAAUAAAGGUCAAGACUUACGACUUGCAUAGGUGCCACUAGCGUCUCUUACGAAAUACCCCCCUGACGGGGGAUGGUGCUCCCACCUGAAAUGCCGCAGCUCGACUCGUGGCUCUGCUCCUGCGACGAGGGCAUGGCGGACAUCUUAUAGAUGACGUGUUGCUGCGCUUCAUCCGGGUUCCGUUCGCCGGCGGGGGAGGAGGUGUUUUUUAAUGGCUCAAUUAAAUACUGUUCUUCUUCCGUCGUUAUGAUGCCGUGCUGGUCACGGGGGAAGAAGAGCGACAAACAAGAAAAGUACGUCAUCACUUGUUGGCUUCGUACAACAAACAAGUAUCAGCUCGUUAGUUUUUUAGAGAAAUUAUUGUUGAUUGUUUCAUCAUCACAACGUCAAUCAUCAUUUCAAAGAACGUCACAAAUACAACAUGUGGAGCAUGCGCGGGCCGCAUCGGCAGUACCCUAACAAAAAGCUGCUAAGCUAACGAAUUCAUGAGCUAAUAUUUAGCUGCUAUCCAUUCUUUGACUUGAUUCAAAUACAGAGUCAACACAAGGAAGUCGUAUUUUGAGCAUUUUGAAGAAAUAUUAGCGUGUGGCACUUUUUAUCAUUAGCUAGCUGGCAGCUAACAGCGCAUUUAGCUACAAAGGGUAAAUCUCCAUUAUUUUCUGGCUUAAACGAAUUGGCUAACCUUGCGAGUGUUUCACACAUGUCGCCUUUUGGCCAAAUAUUACCUGGUGCCAAAGAUUCCUCUCAAAACUGGUUGGUGAACAAGUCAACCAUAUUACUUGGCCUCCGCUUUUGAUGCUAAGCAACAUAUUGUAUUAUUGUCACUUUGUAAAUGGCGACUUUCACAUCUCUGAUCAUAUCUCGUCGUGAUGUUUGAUUGCCUGUUGGGAUUGUGCUUGACAAAAAUGAACAUCAACAUUUUGAGAACCCCUGCGCCGGCUGCCUUUUGAAACGGCGUGACUCUCAAAUAGCCGUCAGUGACCCAUAUCUGUUGUUUUUGCGUCUCCUCCAAGAUUCCUGGCCACAAAGAGGAGCGAAGCCAAAUAGUUGGUAUUUAAAUACGUAAUCCUUGAGCAGCCAGUCAAACAAGCAAUUAGAGUGAAGACCGGCAUUCAAACAAUUACCCUAAAGCACCUCUUUUGAGCACACAAGAGUGUCUUGGCGCUGUGAAAAUAUAAAACGUAUUUUAUUUGGGUCUUUUCAAGACUGAGUCAAGGUUUUCCAAUUGUCCAGACGGCUGAUUGCAUUAAAGUGCACGCUCGCUUUUGACCAUUUUUGGUGAUGUGAGCAGGGGGGGGGGGGAGCGGAGAAGGGGGCGCGGAAAAAAAAAAAGAGAGCAAACACUAAUUCAAUUUAUGACGCCGUGUUUCGAUGCUGCCAGCACAUUUGGCUGCGAGGCGAAUACAUCUUCACAUGUGCGAGCUCCGCUUCAUUUUCCUGUCUUGACUUCUUGUUCCUGCCAAGUCGUUUGUUGCAUUACAUUAUCAGUGUGAUAUGUUGACUGGCCAAUAAGUGCGCAAAUUGUGACUGAAAGAAAAACGAUGGUGCGUUGACCGAAACAGAAGCCACGGCAUGGCAGAAGAAUACAUACUGACUGGGCAGGUUUUACAGUCAUUUGUCCGCCGCGGCCUCUGACUUUCGGUCGCCGUUUCACAAAAUACAUCGUUACCUGACCCGGGUACACACAGUGAGUCGUUUUCCCACCUCUGUUACGAGAAUGGGCGGCUGAAGAGGAGUCAGGGACGACAUCUGACAUUUUACGAGUGCGACAAGCCGACACCGACGUAUGCCCUAGUUGAUUUUCCUCUGGCGGCAAACUACAAUGGCGCUAAUGUUGUGCGCUGCUUCGUCUGAACUCUCGGCUGGCCGGCCGGUGCCCAUACUCCGUUUCACCGCCAGGCCACCCCGUCUUCGGGGUCUGCGGAACCACGAGUGAACGAACCCUGGUGGGAGGUUUCACCAACAGCGGAGCGAUUAAGAGAACAGGCUGUACUUUUGACUCAUGUUGAACUGUCAAUUUUCCAUCGCCUUUGCUAGCAAUUCACCUCCUGUAAGAUCUUUGUGAGUGACACCUGAAAAAGUUUCUGGUGGUUACUUUGCGCUCACCAGGCCAUUGCAGUUGCUGAGCACCACUCGAGUGGCCCCGCGCCGGUUUGUCAAGAAUCCCACAUAGUGGCAAUUGUCCACCAGGUUGUGGCGCCACUCCAGGCCAUCGCGCCCCCAGUACUCCACCGUGAAGCGCUUGGAGACCAGGUGAGGGGUGAGAGUCAGGUUUAAGUGGAAGUGCUUCCCGUAGGCGGAGAGUCUGUAGAAAAGCUGGGAAUCGGGCGGCUCCGGAUACGGGCCCGCCGAGGGGUCGGCCGCCCCGCGUCUCCGCCGUCCGGGUCGGUGGUGCUUCACGGCGUAGCUCAGGAACUCGCCAUUCUCAUCCACUCGCACGGGAACAGUCAGCUGGUAGUGCUGCAGGUAGGACAGGAACUCCUCUGUGAACGCACGCCAUGAAUGCUCAGGUUAAGGGGACCGCCAGAAGUCCGGACAACAGCAAUGCUGCGCUUAUCGCAUGCUCGGUAGUUGGUAAUUCACAUGAUUGGCAAACGCGAACCCUCAGAUGUCAACCAUUCCAGGAUUCCAAACUCAAGGUUUGUUUCGAUAUCCUACCUUGGGAGUUGUGUAGAAGUGGAUCGACGCUCUGAAAUUCGGAAGCAGCCAUGACCACCAGGCUCAAUGUCCAAGUCAGCGCCUUCCACAAAAUUUCCAUAAUUCUGGGAAAGAUGUGACAUGAGGGAAAGGGUGGCGGAGGAUGGGAUGGGAUGGAGGAGGAAGGGGAAGUGGGCGCUACAGCCGGACUAAAAACAUGCGCUCAGUCCGAGGCCAAACCAUAACAACUCCAUGGUUUGCACCUCCUCGCUGGCUUGGGGGGAGGGAGUGGGGGAGGGGGGGAGAAUAGGUCUGCGCGUAUCCCGGAUGCUCAGAUUUCUCCCGGAGGCAAAAGCGUCCACGUUGCGGCGGAGGCCUCACGAUUCAUGUCCGCAGCUUGGCCAAAACGCGGCGAUCCAUCAGACGCUCAGGUGGCGGUCCGGAGAGGAAGCUCUAAAUGGGAAACUCGCCUGGGCCCAGCCAUCUGCAUUCCUGCCAAAGGGAAUCCAUCAAGGCGUUACGACCACUCUUGCUUCACUCGUCAACCACUCUUGUGUUGUAGCAAAGCACAGGCUCACGGGUUGGACCGGAGUCUGAUUGACAUGACCACCGUUGCUAAGAUGAAGGUCCAAAAUGUGCCGACGCUCAAAGAAGAUCCAACCAAGACUGAUGAGUAAGCGGCAUCUGUCACCGGUGAAGGAAGGUUUUCAUCAUCUUUAAUGCUAACGACUAAAAUAUGCGAGGACAUGACGCGAAGAUAUUUGACGAGAUUGGAACAAAAUCCAACUAAGAUGGAUGAAUCAAAGGGUAACAUUUCCAUCCAUAAAUGCAGCGAAUGGAUGGUUGGAUACAUCAAAGACAAUGACCAGAACAUGUUUUUUGUUUCAAUUAUUAUUUUUUUGAUCAGACAAUCUUCAGUCUUUAGCUAUCGUGGGACUGACUUCAGAGUCUCCAAGCACCCAAAGUUUGUUUUGGUGACGAUGAUUGUUUGUCCUCAAUGAGCAAAAUGACAACUUGGAUGUUUGCCAAUAUCAAAGACAGUCUUCUGUGAAAUCAACGCGUGGGUAGUAAAGCUCUAGUAAAGAGUGGCUUUUUGGACAGCACUUAAGUCAUUUCUUAAACAACAAGCACCUGUUGUCAUACAGUUUGGUCAAGUUAGUGGAGCGCUAUUUACCAUGGUCGUGGUCAGCUCAGGUCCAAGUGUGCAGGAUGUGCGUCCAGAAAGCCGAUGUCCGCCCCACGAAGCACCGGCCCGGUGCGUGCUCCUGCGCUCAUGUCCUGGCGGGCUCCUCGGUCAUCCUUUCGCCUGCGCAUGGAAGCAACCCGGUCGCUCGAAGUCAAAACCAAACAAAACAAUGCACGCUCUUGCAGCGGGGGCUCCCUCUCUAUUUCCAACCCGUUAUAAAUCUUGACUCAGGUUGGCUUAAAAAGUGAGUUCAGGUUGCAAGAGGAUGCAUGCAAAGCCAGAGAGCGAGUAGGGCUGUCGGCUUUGGAGGGGGGACGGAGGGGGGGUAAUUCCUACUCAUUGCACUCACCGGGGUAUGUCCCACUCGCCCGGCGUUCAAAUUGGCAGCUCUUUUUCUCUCUGUCUCUCUUUUAGGGAGGCGGUGACGUCAGUGCAGAUGUCUCUCUCUCUCUCUCUCUCUCGCUCACUCCCCCCCACCCCCCAUCCUAUCCCCAAA